ACAUGUUUGAUAGUUUGUGAAGGUAUGUUCUUUUUUAUAACAUAAACAGAAAUACAUUAUCUUUGAUAAUGAGAAAGUUUGUGAAAAGUUUAUGAAUUUCUCUCAAUUUUACCAGUAUCCUCUUAUAAAUAUAUCAAGGUGUUCGACCAUGGACCGCCGUACUUGGGCCCAGGAUGUGUUACGGUGUCUUCUCUGUGAGACCCCGGGUCCCCCUAUGUACUGUGACAUUUGUCACAUACAUCUGUGCAAAGCGUGUGUGGGGCAACAUAUCUUUGAUCAAUCAUCACAACACAAAGUGGUGCCAUUUGAAAAGCGGGGACUUAAUCCUAAAUGUUUGAAACAUUCCACACAAUUGUGUGACCUUCAUUGCAAAGAGUGUGACAUUCAAAUUUGCACGGAAUGUGUCUCGUCUGGUGAACAUCUGGGCCAUAAAAUGGUUGGGAUUUUAAAACUCGUAGAAAACAAGAAAGACGCUGUGCAGAGAGAUUUACAAGAAUUAGAAAAUACAAUUUAUCCCAAAUACCAAGAGAUGGCAUCCAACAUCCCAGUUCAGAGAGAUAACCUUCAUGAAAACUCCCACAAACUGAAAACAGAUAUAGAGAAACAUAAAGAAGAUUUGCACAGAGAAAUAGACAUUGCCAUCGAGAGAUUGAAAUCUGGCGUAGAUGAAAUAGAAUCCAAACACCUGGCUUUCUUAGAUAAGCAGGAAGAAGAAAUUAAACGCAGUAUUUCUGAAGUUACUGAUAUCAUUGCUGAUCUGAAUAAAUUGCUGAACUCUAGUGAUGUCUGCCUUUUAUCUUCCUACAAAUCAAGGAAUGUUGAAUUCAGAAGAGUGCCCCCAAUACCCAUUGUUUCCUUAUCAAGAUUCAUUCCUCAGAAGAUUAACAAAGAACAAAUUUAUCAGCAAAUUGGUUCUCUCUCAAUGUUAUCUAUGAAAAAAGAACAAGAAUCUACAGGUGCUGGGUCCUUUCCCCUGGACAGACCGUUAAUUGAUGUACCACGGAUCAUCACAGAUAUAAACACCGAAUAUGAUGAUUCAAAUGAAUUAGAGAGUGUGUCCUGUCUGAGCGAUGAUGAUGUAUGGGCUUGUGGUUCAGACAACAUGAUGAGCCUCUUUAAUCUUAAGGGGGAACUUGUGAAGUCAAUCAAAACAAAGUCAGGGAACAUUCCAGGUGACAUAACAGUGACACAGGGUGGUGAACUAGUUUAUACUGAUUAUCUUAAAAGAACUGUAAACAUAGUGAAGAAUAAAGGGAUAAAGACAAUUAUCAGUCUAAGGAGUUGGAAACCUCUUUUUGUCUGCAGUGCCUUAUCAGGGGACCUCCUGGUUGUCAUGAUCACUGAUGAUAACAAAGAAGCAAAAGUUGCGCGUUAUUCUGGCUCCACAGAGAAACAAAGUAUACAAUUCAAUGAGAUGGGACAGCCUCUUUAUUCGUUGCAAAAUCACACCAAAUAUAUCUGUGAGAACAAGAACUUAGACAUCUGCGUGGCCGACAGUUACCCUGGUUCGCCGGCAGUAGUGGUGGUCAAUCAGGCUGGGAAAUUCCGUUUUAAUUACACCGGUUUUCCGUUAAUUCUCAAGAAACCAUUUGAACCAGUUGGAAUCACUACAGACAUCCAGCUUAGAAUCCUGACAUCAGACUAUAAUAACAACUACAUCCACAUCCUGGAUCAGGACGGACAAUUCCUUCGCUACAUUGACAACUGUCAAAUAAACCAUCCAAACGGUUUGUGUGUUGACAGCAGAGACAAUCUCUUUGUGGCUGAUGGUUACUCUGGAAAAAUCAAAAAAAUCCAAUAUUACAUUUGAACAACCUGUGUUUAUACAUAUUUAACAAUAUUACAAACAAAGGAUAUUAAUGUUUACAAUCAACCGAUAUCUCGAAUUAAAUGGGACCGUUUAAAAAUUUCGAGAUAUUGAAGGUAAAAUUAAGGGGUUAGACUUUCAAAUCACUUCAACAUAUCCAUUGUAUUCGAGAUAUCAGUGUUCAAGAUGUCAAAGUUCAAAUGUAUAUUUAAUAUAUUAAAUGUCGGGAUUCUGUAUCAUAAAAUUAGUUAUAC